CGCCGGACCGCCACAGCUAGCAGACGUGUCGCGGCCGCACUCCUCACCUCGCCACGAUCUCAAUCACGCGGAAAUCUAAUACGAACUAAAAUUAUCCUCAAAUAAUAAUUAUUACGCAUAUACAAUUUUAAACAAAUUGCACAUCUGACCCACUGGGUACCUCUCUUCGUGCAUGUUGAGAUAUAUUAGAAGUUUCUUCGCCAUGAAGCCACCAGUUAACGCUGCUGUCCUUCACGAUGUGGACAUCCCAACGAAGAAAGCCACUUUUGGUAUGGGUUGCUUCUGGGCCAACGACUCUUUAUUCGGAGCCACCCUUGGAGUAAUCCGGACUCGAGUCGGCUACUCAGGCGGCACCACAAAGAACCCAAUUUAUAGAAGCAUUGGCGAUCAUACGGAAGUGAUCGAGUUGGACUAUGACCCCAAGACAGUAACCUACGAUCAUCUCCUGGAAAUGUUCUGGGCCAAUCACGAGUAUGGACUCACCACCAAGCUAAAAAGACAGUACCAAUCAAUGAUCCUGUAUCAUGAUGAGGAGCAGCGCUUGGCGGCCGAGUCUUCGUACAAAAAGACACAGGAGCGCGUUAACGAACCACUGCGCACUGAGAUCGCACCAGCGGGCACCUUCUACCCUGCUGAGGACUACCACCAGAAAUAUAGAUUGCAAGGUCAUAAGGAUCUAUGCAAAAGUCUGGGUCUGGACUCGGAAAAGUUGCAGACAUCACAUGUAGCGGCCAGACUGAACGGCUACCUAGUGGGGAUGGGGGGCAAGGCCCAGUUUGAGAAGGAAGUCCAAAGUCUAGGCCUGACUGAAGAGCAGGCCGCAUACGUAAGGCGAGAACUGGAGCGCAACGAAGGUGGUGGCCUGUCUUGCUAGCUAAUUCCACAGGGUUCAUUAGUGAAAAUCUUUUAAAGCGUUUUCAAUCAACGACAAUUUGGUUCAUGUCGUAAUGGCAAAAAA